GUUUAAGCGUUCCGAUUGGCUGUUCUUUGUCUGAUCGUAGUAAAGUCGAUAAAUUUGUACAAGGAAAACAAAUGUCAAGAUUUCGCCUGUGUGAACUGAUUAUUGUGUGAAACAUUUUGAGAUUGAUACCAUUUUGCUUAUGUUUAUGGAAUUAAGAUUACGGAUUGUUUUGUGUUAAAUUGUGGUUUAUUAAAAUCACCGAUUGAAAAGGCUGGUCCCAAAAUAUGUUGAAAAACAAUUGUGACGUCACAAUUCCAAUCAGCUGAGGAGGUGUGUGGAGGGAGGGUUGAAGAAGAUAGUGCAGCAAAACAAACAAGAUGGGUGGUGCAGUGAGCUCUGGGCGUGAUAAUAAUGAGCUGAUUGAUAACUUGAUGGGCAGCAACUACAUCCGCACACGAUCCGUGGAGAGGGUGUUCCGUUCGCUCGACCGGGCGGACUACAUGACGCCCGAGGCUAGGGAUCAGGCGUAUAAAGACCUUGCCUGGCGGAAUGGGCCGCUCCACAUGUCAGCGCCGUGUAUUUACAGUGAGGUGUUAGAAGGACUUGAGCUAAAGCCGGGGCUUUCGUUCCUGAACAUUGGUUCCGGCACUGGUUACUUUAGCACCCUGGUCGGACUGCUCAUCGGCUCCAGUGGCGUCAACCACGGAAUCGAAGUCCAUCCGUACGUCAUGGAGUACGCCAUCAAGAAACUGGGACAGUUUAUCGAGAAUUCCCCUACUUUAGAUGAGUUCGACUUUUGCGAACCUAGAUUUUAUUGUGGUAAUGGCCUGUGCAUCGCCCCACUACAAGCGCCGUACGAUCGUUUGUACUGCGGUGCGGGGUGCCCCGAGGAUUUAGUUAAGGUUACUGCUGGUGUGGGCGGAGUGUUGGUGAUGCCCCUGAAUGACAACCUGGUACAAAUGAAGCGCGUUACGGUAGACCACUGGGUCUCCAGGAACCUGCUCAACGUGUCUUUCGCAACUCUCAGGAUACCUACCAAGGAGGAGGCAUUAGAGCUCAUCAGGCCCGACGAGCAGUGCCCGGCGCGGCUGCAGGUGCUGGCGCGCGCCGUGGUGCGCGGCGGCAUGCGCGCGGCGCUGCUGGCGCGCCACCCGCACCUGCGCGAGCCGCCGCCGCGCCGCCCGCAGCCCGCCAGCUCCUGUCCGCGCCGCAUCUGUAUACCCAUCGAGGACGACAGCGACGUCGAGGGCCUUAAUGCAUUGCACGAUCUGGACGAUGUGAGCGGUGCCAACGAAAUGAAUGCACUCUUGAGCCUCGUUCUUAGUAUGGGACAGAAUCGUCGGCGGGGCCGGGGGCGCCGGGGGCGACGGCGACGACGGCCCCCGCGGCCUCGGCCGCGCCCGCGCCCCGUGCGCUCGCUGCGCGUGGAGCGGCCGGCGCGCGCCGAGCGGCACAUCCGCGCGGAGCGGGCGGCGGCGCGCGCGGCCGUGGCGGCCAACCCGGACGUGUACAACGACACCAUCCUGCCCGAGUACCUGCCGGAGCCCAAGCCGGUGCGCUCGUGCCGCGGCCUGCUCACCUUCGAGUUCCAGGACGAGCGCCGUCCUGUUACUAAUGCCUUCAGACAGGACUCGCCUAGCACUUCUGAAUCUUCGAAGACAGACUCUGAUAGUGCUAAAUCAGAUCCACUUAAAGUUCCAGCUGAGGUAGAAAUAUAUCUGGGAAAAGAAGUUCCCAGCACGUCGCGUUAUGUACAAUGGGAGCGACAGGGUACAGAGCAGAAACAAGAGUCCUCCAGUGAAGAGGACACGUCUCAAGAUCAAAAGAGGAAAAAACUGGACAGUGGCAUCGGGGAGGGGACCACCACGUCCAGCAGCUCCUCGCCUGCUAAGUCUGAGUCCAUGGACGAGUCGGACGGAGAUGCCAUGCAGCCGGAGAUCAUUUGUGAUGAGCUCGAACUCGAGUACGACGAGAAUCUUAUCGGAGGUCGUCGCCGAAUUCCGAAGCGUGGGCAUUGCGCACAGUCGUCUACGUCGCCCGAGUACUCGGCCAGCUCCUCCACCACGUCAGGCGAGCACAGUCGCUGCAAGCGUCGCGCGCCCGAGCGCGAGCAGGACGAGCACGACGAGCACGAGGAGCAAGGCGAGCACGUGAGCGAACGCUGCGACCGGCACGGGCCCGAGCACGACCACGACUACGACCACGACCGCAGCGAGUACGACGACAUGCGGCCGCGGCGCGCAGGCGCGGACGCGCGCCGCGUGCGUCUCUCUAUACUGAUGAAGCGCGGCGUUAAAGAGCUACCGCUGCCGUACGCGCUCAAGAAGUACGUCAACCUGGGCCGAUGCUUCGAGUUCUAAGUACUGGCGCCACCACGUCGGAUGCUGUCUCCUACAACAUGGCGCCUGCCACACGCGCUGGCAGGCCGGCAGCACUGACGUAGGUACGAUAUGUAUUUGUUUUGUGAGAAGUUUAUAUUUAUCUGUAUUUUAGAGUUUAUAGAACUCCUAUCAUCAAGCUUUCAAAUCUUAAAAUGACUGCCAGAGUACUUAGUGGUGGAUAUUCGAGUUUUAUUCAUAUUCUGUAGAGUUGUUUGGAAUUACAUAUAAGAUUAGACUGUUUCUGGCCAAUGUCAAUCUGUUGUUACGUUCCAAUAAUGUACCCCAAAAUAGGAAUGACGUUUGACUUACACAUAUAUAUUGGACUAUUGGUUUAGUAUUACACAUUAAUCAAAUUUACUUAAUUUUAAAAGUCUAUAUUACAAUUUUGUCUCAAUUUAACCUUAAUAGCUUUUACAAUACAUGCAUACUCUGUAGGUACCUAUAUUUAUGUUAGUUAACUUUGAUGAUUGGCUACUGGUAUUCAUCUGAUACAUAAUAUUGGGAAACACCAGUUAUAACGAAAUACCCAGAGAUCAUUGACUGUGUAGUUAGGUAUACUUACAUCACUGUUUACUUGAAAGGUUCUUUCAAUCUUGUCAACGAUGCACUAUGGAACUUAAUGAAGUACUGUAAUUACUGUAGCUCAGUAAUGUUCUAUCUAAAGUGAUUAACGUUAUAGGGUCGUAAAUAAACUAAAUAUUGUUAGAUUUAUCUGACCGCAAAUUAAACUCAAGAAUUAUCCUGAGUUAUACGCAAAAAUAUUAUAACUGUAUAACAUUGUAUUUACCAUCAUAAAAUGUUAAGAAAUGAUCUAAGAUCUCUUUGAGAGUGUAACAUUUAAAUUGUAAAUAUUGUUUAUGUAGGCUAAGUUCGGCCAUUUCCAUAGAUCUGGAUGAUAUGUCGGACGCUUCGGUUUUCAAACGGGCCGCCAUUUUGUUGUUCGCGGCCGAGACUGGCAGCCGAGAUAACCACAAGUCGUAUUGUAAUCGAUGUUGCCGCCUGUUACUUCAUCAUUUCGGAGUUUUAGUAAGAUCCGAAUCAAUGCAGAAAUCGUAUAAUUUACACGAUAUUUGCUUGAGACAAUAGUAUCGAUUGCCCUGCCUAAAGCAAUUAUGACAUAUUCCAGUGUACUUAUAUUUUACAAAUAAGUAUAAGUUUUGUUCACUGCAUAUUAAUUGGCUUGGUUCUUUUGUUGCUUAGUUUCAGCCGUGCACAAUAACUAGAAUUUAUAAACAAUUUUCUACGCCUAUAUCUGGCGAGUACUGCAGUUAUUGUAGAUUAGUCGAUUAUUAUUAAGACUGUCGAUGCGCUGCCAUUCAAAUGGCGUUAGUAGGAACAAUGUUGCGAGGUCACAUUUAUUGUGUGUUAAUAUUUAAUGUAUAUGCUAAAAGAUCCAUUAAUGUAUUGGGUUCGUACUGAUACACGAGGAAUUGUUUUACACUUGCUGAUUAACUCUAUAAACAAGUGCACUGAUAUUUUGUGUUUAUUCAAUCUCAAUUCGUAAUGAGAAAGUCAUCUUCAUAAUAUUUUAUCAGUCAGUACACACUUGAUUUAUGGUUUUAUUCAUGUCGGAGGCUUACCAUGGGAUCUAGUCAGUGUAGGGCCUAUUCGCGUAGCCAGUUGAGGAGGCAGCGCAUAAUGUUGUGUCAUAGUAAAUACUUAACUUUGGUCGGAUAUAUCGCUCUGUAUUAUAUGCUCUCACUUGUAUUCGUACUGUGCUCGUAUUAGGGUGCAAUCGACGAGUUACUUGUGUUUCAACCUUGCCAUGGUGUCAAUAAAUUGUCGUUCCAAGAUUAUAGUAGUCGUAGCGCUUGAUACAAAUAAUAUUACGUUGGUUUAUAAAUUUCUAUCUUGUAUCUAAACAGUUUACAUACAAUAAAGCAGAAUGUAGAUGUUAUAAAGUUAAAUGAAAUAUUAUGUGGUCUGUGUACGAUAGAUAAUGGAUCAUUAUUUGCCAUAAUAUAUUGUAUUGUAAUGGACGUUCAUAUGUAUUCUGCAAUACAGAUUUAAUAAUAGUUAGCUUCCAUGUAAUACUUAUACCUAAGGUGCUUGUUAUAUUCUGUUUCAAAUCUUAUUAGGAAUGUUUAAGCUGAUCUAUGUGUUUAGCAAGUCAUUCUAUUUGCUUCCAGAACCAAGUAUGCUUUGUAUAUUAGUAUGACUGGUAUCCUAUGACGAUGUGCAUCUUUUUGAAUUUGGUAUGCCUAUAUAUAAUGUCUACUUGUAGAGUAGGAACAAGCGUCAUACUCAACCAAAGUUGAGUAUUUAUAUCGACUUGCUGGAGCCGUACUCUACUGUUAGUGAACGAUAUUGUUUAAUUAUAAUCUCAGCAUGCUAUUGUAAUAUUGUUAUUAUGGAGGUAAUGAGUGCACCUAGCUCCAAUCAAAGUAUAAACAAUAUCAUAUUAAGAGUAGGCGAUGUCCUCAGUUUUUGGGUAGUUAUGAUAAAUGUUUAUACGAUAUUAAUUUGGUGUACAUAAUAUGUCAUUUGUUUUUGUUGCUAGUAUUAAUAAUUAAAAUGAUUUUAUUAUGAUGACAGAUGUUUUAUUUCGAAAUAUCCAAGCAUCCAGGCAAUACCUCAAUUACAUAU